GAUGACGCAUUUUCUGCCUCGUUGGAAGGUGGUUUCAGCAGGAAGUGCUGUGACGGUGGUGUGUUGCAGCAGAGUCUCACCGAGAGGAGCUUCACACGAAGACGAGUCAAACGAGAGCCACUUGUAUUGUGGAUUCACGCCUUCUGUCAUCUUAUGAUGUCAGCCCUCAACGAACUACCAGACAUGGAUGGAACAGACCUGCUGGGGCUUCUGUUCCAAGGUGGACAGGAUGGUUCUACGGAACUCUUUCCGGGUAGCAAUGGACUGAUUGAGUCGUGGCUGUCUGAGCAGGAUAUGCUCACCGGCAUGGACACGGAGGAUUUUCUCUCCAGCUUGCUUGAAGAGGAAGACAAAUUCGAGGGCAGCUGUCCCUCUCAUUCCCCGCUGGGCAGUGACAGUGGUAUCUCUGACGACAGCAGCACUGGAGCUGGAAACAAUAACAAUCCAGCUGGAUGCUUAAGUCCCCAAGGCAGCGACAGUGACAUCGUGCCCAGUCCUUGCUACUCCCACCCGAGCCCGGAGCCCUCAGACGUGGGCCAGGUCUCCACAGAGCAGCCCACAGAGAGUCUGGAGGCGCUAACCGUCCAGGCGGACCACUGUUAUUCACUCCUGCAGAGUGGGUCCCAGGAUCAUGAUCUGCUGCAGAGCGUGAGAGCAGAACAACCUGAUACUGACGUCUUCAUCGAUCUUGAUGACCUGGUGAGCGAAGCAAUGGAGGAGGAGGAUCUUGAUAGUGAGCUGCCUUGCACUUUGGCCAUCGAAGAUUCAACAGUCCACACCGGCAAAACAGAACUGUUUCAGUUCAAGGAGAUCGUUCUUUCUGAGGAGGAGAAGCGUCUGCUGGCUAAAGAAGGAGUAACAAUUCCCACGCACAUGCCCCUCACAAAGGCCGAGGAAAGAACCCUGAAGAGAGUGCGGAGGAAGAUCCGCAACAAACAGUCUGCUCAGGAGAGCCGCAAGAAGAAGAAGGUGUAUGUUGACGGACUGGAAAACAGAGUCGCCAUCUGCACUGCCCACAACCUGGAGCUGCAGAAGAAGGUCCAAAUGCUUCAGAAGCAGAACAUCUCUUUGAUCGAACAACUACGUAAACUCCAGUCUAUUGUGAAGAUGUCGACGAUGAAGGCCAGCACCACCAGCACUUGUGUUCUGGUGUUCCUGCUCUCCUUCUGCCUCAUUAUCUUCCCGUCAGUCAAUCCCUUUGGCAACAACCCAGAGCAGAAGGAGCUCUACACACCCUCCUCAAUCAUCUCCAGGACGCUUCGCUCGCUGCCUCCCGACAGCACCGAUGCCAACAUUUACUUGGAGUCAGAAGAAGAGGAGCAGCUUCUUUUGGGGCUGCAAGCAGAGGUGGAGAACAAUAAAGCCAUCUUUGCCGGCGGCCAAAACAACCACACCCCUGACUACGAAAGGCUCCAGCAACCCGACUCAGAAACCGGCGUCAACGGCAACUCUUCGGCAGACUUCCCCAACCCUGGCCAGGCUGCAGACAUCAAGCCAAGCUCAGCCGAUGCUGGAGGAGGAGGCGGAGGAGGAGUGGUACCGGAUGGCACUGUGGAUUCUGUUGUGGCGUCUGCUGUGGCCUUUGAUGUCACUGGCUCAAAGGACGCAUGGACAGAACGAAGCCCUCCGUCUGUGAUAUUGCAGCAGCAUCGAUCAGAUGAGAUGUAGUGAGGGGCGUUUUCAUUUUUAACCACCAGAGGGAGCCAUAUUAGAUUUGGGUAAUCAAGGCAAGCUUUUAAUGGGAAGGGACAAUGCAGGAAGAAUAACAGCCCUGUGCUGUUCUACUGUAACUCUAUUUGCACUUUACUCAAAAAUCAAAGUCUACUCGCGGAAGUUUCAACUUCAAAUUGACCAAUAGAAUGCCACGUGGAUUACUUGAGGGUAUUAUUGCUGUAAUUCAACAAAAAUUCAGGGGGAGUUUGUGAUGUUUAAAAACACCCAGAUGAGUGACUUAGAUGUGAAAUACUCCCAUGGGGAACACGUUCUUCAGUAGUCAAGCAUCGACAUUAUUUGCACAGAGAAAAAUUAGGCUGCUUUAUACUCAUUCUGCUUGAUCACCGUAGUGCUAAUAGCCAUUGCAGGACAUUUGGCCGUUUUAGAUGACUCGUGAGUUUGCUAUUUCCCUUGUAACAAGGGCGCCUGCGCUUGUUUUGAUCAGGAAUGCUUCGUUUUUAUGUGGUACAGCCAAGCAAAAUUAACGUGUUAAUGCAAGAAAUAGAAAACGUCACAGCUGCAAGCCGUCGUUACUUGUUAAAAUAUCCCGUCAGAUAUUCUCAUUUCCCGUUUCAUACCUUCGGGAAGAUCCCCAGCACUUGUGAGAAGGGUAUUGAUUCCGUUACAGAAGUUGACGUGGCAGUGGAACAUGCUCAAAAAUGUAAUGACCUGUUUUGGCAGUGAGGCAUUUUUGUUCUUUUAAUUGUGUUAAUACUUUUAUGUGUAUGAAAUUGGUCUUUGUUAUAUUUGACAAGAAACAUUAUUUUUAAUGUUGUCAUUGAAGGUGAUGCGCUGUAAAGAGAAAAUAAUCAAUUGUAAAUAAUCCUAAAUGAUUGUAGCUCUUCUGUACAGUGGAAUUCUUUAUGUCAAAGAUGUGCCGGGACGUACGAUAAUAAAAUUUUUUUAUAUAUG